GUUUUUUUACGCCUCUCACUCCGUGAUGUGACGUUGUACAGGAACAUGGCGCUUUGGAUGAGAGGUGUUUCAUGACAGUCGGGGCUGUUGAUUAAUUUCCUUUAGCUAUGGUUAAUUAAAGAACACCGAGGCACACGCACCGAGCAUGACAGGCCCGUGAAAGGCGACCGCCGCUCUUGUCUCCAUGGGCAACGGGACACCGCGCUCUGUUCGCUGUCGUCAGCUGAAACUGUUAGCAUCCACAUGCUAGCCGAAGCUAGUUAGCCGCUAACGUUAAAACAGACAGAAAAAAAAAUGUGCUCGCUCGCUUGUGCAGCCUCACACCGACGUCAGGCGGAUUAUCAAUGAUUAAAACACUAAAUCCAGCCACAAACCAGCCGUUAAUCGUUUAAAAAAAAAAUCCGAUUUAGCUAACGUUUUUUUUUUUUUUUAGCUUAGCUGGAGCUAGCAGGAUGAAGAGCCGCCAUGGAUAUGUUUUGUUGCUGCUGGCCGGUGGGAUUUUUCUGUCGGUGUCUGAAGGUGCUCCUCUUCUGUAUCAUCACAAAUCAGGUGGAAACACUGGGGACACGUUGUCUGUGUCUCUCUACCUGUCCCUGGUGGUGUCGCUGACAGCGCUCGUGGCCUUGGUGGUGUUGUUAGUGAACUGUGUGACCUGCUGCAAGGAGAGGGAGAUCAACUUCAAGGAGUUUGAGGACCAUUUUGACAAUGAUGAGAUUGACUUCACACCACCAGCAGAGGACACACCCUCUAUGCAGUCCCCAGCUGAGGUGUACACCCUCGCUGUGUCCCCUGUGGCCCUGCCUGGACCCCCACACCUCCAACCUCCUCCCCGCAUUGCAGAGGGAUCUACAGGCUUCCAGGUAGCACGUCACAGCCUGAGUUACAUCCAAGAGAUCGGCAAUGGCUGGUUUGGCCAGGUCCUUCUGAGUGAAAUCUACACGGAUCCAGGUGGAGCCAGAGUGGUGGUAAAGGAGUUAAAAGCUAAUGCAAGUGCCAAGGAGCAGAAUGAUUUCCUGCAGCAGGGGGAUCCAUACAGAGUGUUGCAGCACCCAAAUAUCCUCCAAUGUCUGGGCCAGUGUGUCGAGGCCAUUCCCUUCCUGCUUGUCUUUGAGUACUGUGAAAUGGGGGAUCUGCGGGGUUAUCUGUCUCAGCAGGAUUGGAUGUUCAGAAACGCUGAGUUGCUGCAGCUGCAGAGGAUGGCCUGUGAAAUUGCUGCCGGCGUCACUCACCUUCACAAACACAACUUCCUGCACAGUGAUUUGGCUCUGAGGAACUGCUACCUGACUGCAGAUCUUACAGUCAAAGUAGGAGACUAUGGAAUUGGACCCUACAGAUAUAAAGAGGAUUACAUCAUCACAGAGGAUGAUGUGUUUGCACCCCUUCGCUGGUUGGCUCCUGAGCUGGUGGGCGAGCGCCAUGGGGGUGUGAUUACUAUGGAGCAGACCAAGCCCAGUAAUGUGUGGGCCUUGGGGGUCACAUUGUGGGAGCUCUUUGAGAGUUCUGCUCAGCCGUACCCGCAUUUGUCCGACCGGGAGGUUCUUAACCAUGUGAUCAAGGAUCAACAAGUGAAACUCUUUAAACCACAGUUGGAGCUUCCUUAUUCGGACAGAUGGUAUGAAGUCCUGCAGUUCUGUUGGCUGUCUCCAGACAAGCGGGCCACAGCAGAGGAAGUGCAUCGUUUGCUUAUCUACCUGCGCAUGCAAGGCCAGAAGGACAUAGAAGAAGAUUUUGAACAACGCUGGGAUGCUCUCAAGCCUAACCCCUCUACACGGCAGACCACAGUUAGCCACUCCUCUUUCCCCAUCUUGGAACAGUUUGCUGACGAUGCCCUGCGACAAGAGAUCGACGAAGUUCUUACUGUUACUGAAACAAGCAAAGGUCUCAGUUUUGAGUAUGUUUGGGAGGCUGCCAAGCACGACCACUACGAAGGCAACCAUGGACGUUCAGGCAUGGACACAACAUUGAACUAUCACAGCAUGUUCUUUCCCGUUUCCAGUGAAGAUAUCCAGGCCCAUUUCCCUGAUCCUAUAGCAAGAGCAGCGGGCAAAGAAAGUGGCAACACUCCUUCAGGAAUUCAUGGGAUUGUACCAGUGUUUGAUGCACAGAAACCAUCUAAUGGAAAUGAAUAUUACAUACAACUAGAAGAACAAGGGGAGAGCACUGUUGGGGAAGAUGGGAGCAGAGGACAAGACCUUGACUUUGGUUCAGGCCAGCAAGACUUUGUUGUUCUUCAAGAUGUCCGUCUGGAUGAGUCUAGUACCGAUGCUGAUUUUUUCCACCAAAGUAUUGACUCCAAGGAUUCCUAUUUACCAGACAGUCACAUCUGGUCAUCUCUUGAAAAUGACAGUCCAUACCACACCAACAUUUUCACUGAAGGGGGGUCCAAGCAAGAGGAGUCUCCUUCCUGGAGAAAGAGUUUCAUGGAGCUUCCAGAGCGCAAUGGAAACCCUUUCCUUGAUGAUGCAACUGCUAAUGUCCAGGAGGUGGACACCGAUAAAAGCUACGGGGAGCCUUUUUUAGGGGUUGGUUCAGAAGCCCCUCACCUGGCGGAUUCUGUGGAAGUGGAGAGGGAGAACACAGACGUGAAGAGGCUUCUGAACACUGAAAAACUAUCUGACAACUACAUGUUUCUCAAAGACCAGAGUCUGAUGAAAGAUGGAUCUAGUUUCUCAAGUCCGCAGGAGAACUUUCUUUUACCUGGCAUAGCCCACGAACCAGAAGACACAUUUAAAAUGCGUUCUUGGGACAAUCUUGAGACUUUAGGCAGCUUAACCACAGCGGACACUUACUUAAAACCUGCAGCAAGUAGCACAUCCUUAAGACAGGAACUUUUAGACUCUCCAAUUGCCAGUUUAGGGGAGUUGCGUCCGUCUCUGGUAGAAAAUGAAACACUGGUGCCUUUCAUUACAGUGGUCACAGAAGAUGACACAAGCAACCAGCUGCCAGUUAGAAAUAGUUCUUCCACUGAAGACUUUGGUCUGCUGCAAUCCUCAGACAGAGGUAUGGACUCCGGUUUUGAUUCUACCUCAGAGAGGCUUGAGAUUAUCAUCAGUCAAACUGAUGACCACACCCCUGAAUUCUCUGAAAGUGCCACUACAGACUUACUGUGCACAGAUGCCAAAAUUCCCAGCCUUGAAGAUGACCUUGGAACCUCAAAGGAUAUUGUUCAGCCCCUAGAAGAUAAAAUGCCUGAAAACCCACAAGUCCAAGCAAUGUCCUCAGACAACGGGCAGAGUGAGGACCUAACAAGUAACGACCUGUUGAGUGAACUAAUUGAAGAUGCAGAUAUAGAACUGGAAACCACCCUGUCUGACCAGGAAGAAUCCUUUAUGGAUACGAAUGGGCGUCCUCUUGUCAGAUCUUCUCUGUUGGUCUCUGGGCCAUCUUUGGACCAGAUCAGCCAGGACAGUUUACUGGAAGACAGUAUGUCCACCACUGUACCAACUGUAGACAAUUCAGCCGAGACACCAGACUCUUUAGACUCUCUGGACAUCCACAGGCUAGGCGAACAAGGAGAAGAGCUAAAUCCUCAAAUAGCCCAACACAAACUCCAGCCUCCAUACAAAAUAUCAGACAGUGGGUAUGAGACGGAGAACCUGGAGUCUCCUGAGUGGAACUCUCAGCCUAACGUCAAAGAUCAAUCUCCUGUCAAAAAUGGUUUAAGUGUUGCCAAAGAAGAGGAGGAGACAGAAGAGCCCAUGGCUGCCACAAAUCUGGUUCCACCAGAAAUCAUUAUCUCUGAAGUAGAGGGUGUGCUGGAUGCUCAAAGCGAGGAUCCCAGUGAAGACCAGCAACCAGAUCCUGUAGCACCUGUUGAGGAGCCACUUAUGGGAAGCAAUUAUAGAGACUCUGCUUACUUCUCAGACAAUGAAUCCGAACCCGAGAAGAAGUCUGAAGAAAUGAUUGCGGGAGGUUCUGGGGACAUCACGUGGCUGAGAAACUCUACCGACACGGUCAGCGGGGCCGCCGGAGGUCCUGAACUGGAGGUUAACGUGGAGAGAGAUGUAGAUUCUUUAUCGUCACAGCAAGAAUCUUUUGUAGUUGUUGAAGCACAGGCUUAUGGAGAAACACCUGAUCCUCAGGUUGGGGGCAUAUUACCAGAGGCAGAUAUCACAGAGAAAUGUGAGACGGAGGCAACGGAGUCCACCUGCAACCAUCAUGAAGAUGAAAACAAACCAGAGGUGCUGAUAGACGUCACAACUCCUGAUCAACCAGACCCAUCAGAAGAUCUCCAAACUUUAACCCCACUCCCUUCUGCUCCCCCUUCAAAGCCGCCGCCAGAGAGUGCAGGUCAUGCUAAACUAACCAGGACCUACGCGAGUGACGGUCAUAAAAUAAAAGAGCCAGACAUGGAGGGGCGUUACCUGGGGAGGCGCGAUGGCUCAGGUUUAGAUGGACAUGAGGAUGGCGUUGAUGCGGACGAGGAGGAUGAGAACAGCGAUGACUCUGAGGAUGACGUCCGUGCUUACCAGCUGCACAGCUCUAGCUCAGAUAGUGAGGAUGACACCGUGCAUACAGUGCCACUUAUUAUCUCGGAUGAUAGCAGUGCAAAGAACCUGAAGAGCUUGUUGAAACCCACCACUCUAAACAUCGAGGCGUCAUCCCCUCCGUUUCCUGCGAGGAGCAACGCAGAUAACUCCAGAAGAGCGGUGUCAUUCUUUGAUGAUGUCACUGUUUACCUGUUUGACCAGGAGACCCCCACAAAGGAACUGGGUGACCACUCCUCAGGCUCAAACAGCCAGGUACCAGAGUUCAGCAGCCCAGGGCCCACUGCAAGCUACCUGAACCGGUUCACCAACUCUGAAAGCUCCACAGAUGAAGAAGGCGGUGGUUUUGAGUGGGACGACGACUUCUCCUCCGCACCCGCCUUCCUGCCCAAGACGGAUAAAGACCCCGUAUCAAAGGCUAUGUCCUCAUCUGCAGCAUCUCGAUUUUCCUCUCCGCCCCCUGCAGUAGGGCGCGUGCUGGAGCCCAGCUGGACCAGUUCCUCCAACUACUCCCGUUUCUCCAUCUCCCCGGCCAGCAUCGCCAGCUUCUCCCUUACGCAUCUCACGGACUCUGACAUCGAACAAGGAGGAAGCAGUGAAGAUGGAGAAAAGGACUAGCGUGAUGAAUGAAGGGACCGUUCGUCAUCACACCAUUGAAAAAAAUAAACCUAUACUCGCACUUUUUUUGGGGGGGGAUGGAGAACUGCUGAAUAAGGACAGAUGACGCGGUUUGUAGGGCAAACCGCGGAUGCUUCUCUCAGGCAGAACUGUUCUUUACCUACACGGAGAUGGCCAUGAGAACAAUGGCUGCAAGCUGACUUUGAGCAAAUAAAACAGACGAGGCCCAGUCCCCGGUCUGAGCCACAUCACCUCUCCAGCUACAUCAGUGUGUGUGAUUUCAGUUCAGUGCAAUUCCACUUAGGGAAAAAAAAAACAUGUUUUUUCUAAAUGUUUGCUUUAAAGACUCAUCAAGCACAUUCCAGGUGUUUGGCUGCUUCUUUUUGUUGUGUGUCCAAGUGCACUCCUUUUCCAGGACUUCUGCAACACCAAAAAAAAAAAAAAAGAAAGAAAAGAAAACAAUGACUUUAUGUUCUGAAUUCAACACACUGGGCUGGCAAACGUAUCACUACAGCCAAAUAGGAAUAAGCUCUUUUGAUUUCAGCAGACCUAAAACUGAACAUCCAAGCUUUGUUUUUGUUUUUUUCUCGAACAUUGUUUCAUUUUUGCUCCGUCAUGUUGUGCGAUUAUUUCAGUGGUUGCCUUUUUUUUUUUCUUUCUGGGAAGAGUGAUUUGUUUUUUCGUAACCUCUCGUCGGGUGUUAGUUUCUCUCCGAUUCGGAGACUUUCACUAUGCGUGGUAUCCUUCUGUAGCAGCAUUCGAAUAAGAAGGGUUGAAAUUUAGGAAGGGCCAUCCAUGCAUAGGAUGAGUAACUACUUUAACUAGAAAUCCCUCCCAUCUCCGGAGGUGACACACUGUAUGUUCCUUUAUUUAUGUUUUAAAGGAAUAUUUAAGUAGUUUCAUAUUUUUGAGACAUCUCAGUAAGAACAGUUGGUGUUAUUAGACGAGGGUUGUCAUGAAUCCUUAUAGAGGUGAUCAAACCGAAAGACAUCAUGAGGAAACGCUUAAAAACAAGUUAUUCGUUAAUUUUUUUAAAAUCAUUUUAUGCUCUGAAAAUGUGCAGGAAGUCGCUGUGAUGGUUUUGUCCUAAUUACUUGUCACUGGGGUUUUUAUCACAGUGCCUGUGAUGCUGUAAAAUAAAAAAAAAACAAGCUGCAUUCCUCCAUUUAACACUACAAAAAUGACACGUUUAGUGAGAUCGUGUAAAAAGCGGGAGAUUUUAUUUUUUUGAAUGUCAGAAUGAAGAAAUGUGUAACGAGCUGUCUGUAAACAAAUGUGCAAUGAGUUUAAUUAAUCAGCUGAAAUUUUGAGUACGAGUUCAUAGGAAAGGCCUGGGCGAGCGUGGCGGCGUUUCUUCGGUAAUGUGCAGGGACUUUAAACUUCACUACUAGAACAAAAAAAAAAAAAAAAAAA